AAAAAGGAAAAUAGAGAAAGUUUCCCUGUUCUGUGUAAUAUCUGCAGUAAGGCAUUUAAGAACGAGCAGUGUUUAGAGAUGCACAUGAAUUAUCACACUGGCAAUCCCAACUUGACGUGCAUCGAAUGUGGCAAGAGCUUUUCUGAUUCUUUUAGUCUGAAACGCCAUACUCGUAUCCAUGCGGACACCAGGCCAUACAUGUGUGCGUAUUGCAACCGUGGUUACUGUGAUAACUGGAGUCUAAAGAAACACCAGUCACGGGGCUGCACAAUCGGAGAACUGAAAGUACCGGCAGAUUUUCUGCACCCGUGCCCCCAGUGCAUCAGAGUUUUUGCAGAAGCAGACUUCCUUCGGGAGCACAUGAAGACGCACAAAGGUCUGCUCAAGUUUGAGUGUGACAUUUGCCUGAAAAGAUUCUCCGAGGCGUUCAAUCUAAAACAGCACCAUCGUCUGCACAUGGCCGUGUGUCCUGGUUGUGAACGUGAGUUCAAGGACACUAAGGCUUUAACAGAACAUCGGCUCCAAGAUUGCCCCUCAAAUCUUCAAGGGGAAGCCACUGAUCCUGAGGUAGGCUUCUCCUGUCCAGAAUGUGGACGGAUUUACUCCACCAAAGCUUAUUUGGAGAGGCACAAAAAGUUCCACUCGGAUCUUAAGCCCCAUGUUUGCGAAGUUUGCCAGAAGAGAUUUUCAGAGGCGUUCAGACUGAAACGCCACCUUAAAGUGCACACCUACAAAAAGCCAUACACCUGUGAAGGCUGCAAGAAAGGUUUCAUGGACGUGUCGGGUCUCAGGAGACACGUGGCCAAAACAGCCUGCAAGGUUUAUAAGCAGCAACUCCAACAUUUCAUGCGUCCCGAGGUCAACGACUAUCCCUGUGCCAUCUGCGAUAAGGUUUUCCUCAAAAACUACCUGCUGGUGAGACAUAUGAAUGUUCACAGUCAGGAGCGGCCAUUCGCUUGUGACGUCUGCCAAAGGUCAUAUAAAGACACUUCAAGUCUCAAGCGUCACCAGCUGGUCCAUCAGGGUGUUAAGAAUUUUAUUUGUUCGGUUUGCAGUAAAGACUUUUACUAUGCAGAUAGCUUGAAGCGGCACAUGUCCGGUUCUUGUGGUAAGAAA